AUGACGGGGCUAUUUUCUUUGAAGCGUGACCCAAACGAAGCCGGAGCUUUUGAUGUCUCCCAAGGUCCAGCUGAGAAUACCCAGAAGAAACAACAAGAGGAAUAUAAUCGAAAAAAGGCCGUAAUUCAUAAUGAAAUACCCGGAAUCGUUACAUCUAGUCCCGUUAGAAGUACACAGAGCAGCCUUCAUCCAGAACACGAUGACAAGGGAAGCCCGGAGAAGAUCAAUGAUACGACUGACAAAUGGGAUAUCGUUCGCUUGUCAUUGAUGGAAGCAUAUCUCUUUGGAUGCGCAAACUUACUUGCUUUCCCCGAAAUCACAGAAGAGCUCGCAACAGUACAGCAUGAUACGAAGGGAAAUCAUACUGAGACGUCUGUCACUUCGGUUAGAACGACAACAGAUGGUCCCAUAGAUGACACGGCAAUUUAUACGUCGACACUAUGUGCAAAGUGUUCUGGUGAACGAGCCCCUUUUCAAAAAGUCGAUAUUGACGAAAAGCCUACCCAGCAUGCAAGCAAUUGA